AUAAUAUUUUAUUUUAAUUGUUGCCAUUAUUUCGACACUUAGGGUUCCUUUUGUAUUCGAUACGAGAAGGUAGCCGCGCGCACAACCCUCGCUCUCUGUUUGUCACCCGUCAUCUUUAAAACCCUCAGGAUGGAAUCUCAGGUCAAGCAUGCUGUGGUUGUUAAAGUCAUGGGACGCACUGGAUCCAGAGGGCAAGUGACUCAAGUUAGAGUCAAGUUUUUGGAUGAUCAUAACCGUUAUAUCAUGAGGAAUGUGAAAGGACCAGUGAGAGAAGGAGACAUUCUUACCUUGCUUGAGUCUGAAAGGGAAGCCAGAAGACUUCGCUAGGGGAGUAUCACAAUUAGUUUUUUUCCCUUUUUUGAAUGCUCAAGACCUUACUCUUUUCUUGUCCAAGUUCUACAAGUUAUUCAUACAACGACUGAGUUUAAAUGUUGUUGAACCUCUGUUUGAAAUUUCCAUUCUGCAUUAGUUUGCGCCCUUAUUAUUGUGCUUGUUCAUCGCAGUAUUAUUGAGCCUCUGUUUGAAAUCAACUGGAGACUUUUUCAUCUUUA